AUGAAGGUGCUGUUCCGUCGGCACCAGAAGGCCGCCCUGAAGGCACUCGACCAGCACAUCGCCGACUGCGACGCGUAUCAGCAUGUGCACUGGGCCUACGCCUUCAGACUGCUAAAGGCUUCCUUUUACAUGGAGGCCGGGAGCGCCGCCGACGCAGCCUCCCUCGAGAACAUCCGGUCCAUCCAGACGAUAGCCUCGACGAGAGGUGACUCGGCCAUGUGCGUGUACGCGUCGCUCUGGGAGGCCCUCAUCCUGCUCAAGAUGUCCCGCGGGUCGCCCGAGAUGAUACAGACGUGCCUCGCCCAGGCUUCCAAGUACCAGUUUGACCCCAAGGUCAAGAUUCCCCAGCUGGAGCUCAUGUACCUGCUGGUCGACUUCCUGUCGAGCCUGCACCGCGAGAAGCAGGACGGCGUCGUGGAGCGGCUCAGACGUCUUCAGAAGAAAAUUGACGAGUGCCAGCACAUGGCUACCAAGACGGACUUCCUGCUACCCGUCACCAAGCAGCCUACGUCGUCGCAGACCAUCGGGGAUGGCUUUUCCUUCAUCGUCCGGCCUGGUGGCAGCGGUAGCGAUUCGGAUUACCUCGUCAUGUCGUUCAUGACGCAGAUGGAGCUUACGGUGCUCGUGUAUGUCUUCCUCCUCCGCUCCUCAAACUCUGCCCUUCCCCAUCGUAUCCGGUCGUUUCUCGAACAUGCUGACAUCGACGGCAGAUUCACCAUGGGCGGCGUGGUCUAUCUUCACAAGCUGACAUCCACCAAGGCAUCGUCGGCGGAUCUAUGGCAACAGGGACUCAAGAUUCUGGGCUACCUAGACAGCCAUUCGAGCACGUUGACGUCCGAAGCUUCCCACCCUCCCCUCGGCGAGGCAGUCAAGCAGAGGGAGUGGCGGGCCAGCGUCCGAUGCUACCUGAACCUACUCCUGGGCCUGCUGGCGGCGAGCGGCUGCUCCUGGGACGCGGUGAAGCAUCACCUGGCAGAGGCGGAGGCAGCAGAGUCACCGUCGACGACGGCGGGACCGAUCAGCACGCUGCAUCUCUAUCUCAAGGGGGUAUAUUGUCAGGGCGUCGGCGACUUCGACAAUGCUCUAUACUAUCUACAGGACGAGGCCUUCUCCCUGGCGGUGGACAUGCCCAAGCACUCGCAGCGGCACCUGGCCCUCCUGGCGGCCAUGAACAGGCUUUGGAUCAUGCAGGAGCCGCGGUACCAGGACGACCGGCAGACGAUCGACAUGAUCAACGAGAUGGAGCCCAUCUGCAGGGACCACCCCAACAUCGAGAUCCGGGGCGCGUGGUCGUGCGUCAAGGCGACGGUGGUGACGAACCCGCCGCGGCAGCGGAACCAGCGCAAAGAGGACGCGGGGCGGGCGCUGGGCGACGUCAGGGCCUCGACGAACGCGCUGGCCACGACCAUCGGGCUCGUCAUCGCGCGGGACCUCCUGUACAACAACCUCCUGGGCGACCAGGCGUGGAAGUGCAUGCAGGCGGCGGCGCACUGGGCCAACAAGAGCAGCAACCCGCUGUGGCAGAGCGUCGUCGACGGCAUCCUGGCUGACUUCUCGGACGCCAAGAACGAAAAGGAGAAUUCCAAGAGGUACUGGGAUAAGGGGGUAUACGAGGCGCAAGUUGCAUUCAGUCAGAAUUUCUCCUAG